AUGAAACCAAUAUUGUUAUUAGUUCUUGCUUGCACAGCUUUUGCUACAACAGAAACUGAAUACAUUCAAAUGAUUCAUAAGAUUGAUGCAACACCAUUUGGAAGAACCUUGUUUGACACAAUCUAUUUAUAAUUGGAAACAGGAGAUCCUUUAGAUAGAUUAUUGAAUACACUUUCAGACUUAGAAGAUAGAUAUUAAUAAGAAUAAAGAGAAGAUGAUGCUGAGAAUAGAGAAUUUUAAGAUGCAUGCAAUGUUGACAUUUCAGCUUAUGAUAAAGACAUUGCCAACACUGAUUCAGAAAGAAUCUCUCUUGAAGCAAGACUUGAAGGUGAUUUAUAUCCAAGAAGAGCAAUUAUCUCUGGAUUAAUCACAGCUAAAAAAGCUGAAGUCAAGGGUAUUAAUUGAAAUUCUAAUUUUUUAGGAUAUUAAAAGGAAAUUGAUGAAUUAGAUGCUGAUAGAGCUGCUUAACAUGCAGAAUAUGAAGAAAUUGCAGCUGAUCAUAACACUGCCAUUGCUGUAUUGACUGAAGCAAGAAAUAUUAUUAAAGCCAAUGUUGAAGCCACAUCAUCAUUAGUAUAGAAGAAAGCAACCUAAAAAACAAAGGAAAUCCCAUAAGAACAUAUUUCAUUAUUCUAGAAACAUAUCAAGGAAUCAUAAAGAAAAUUAUCACAUUCUAAACACAUGUUGAGAUAUGUUCCAGUCAUGAAAUUAUUGAGUUAAAUUGCAAGUAAAGCUAAGUUUGAUGACAGCACUAUUUAAAAGUAUAAAUUAUUUGAUAUAUAUUUCAUAGAGUUGUUGAUUUAUUCGACAGAUUAAUUAACGAAGUUAGUGAUUCAUUAAGUUUAUAAAGAUUUGCAGAAGACAAGAGAGUAGAAGCUUAUAACAAAACAAGAAAACUUUUAGUUAUUGCUCUUACAGUAGCUGGAUCUGAAUUAGCAAAUGCAGAAUCUGAUUUUGCAAGUGUUUCUGACAUCAUUAGAUAAGUUGAAGCUUCAUUGGAUAACACCAACUAGAGACUUGAUUUACUUCAUGAAAGAAGAACAGAUAGAUGGAAUUAAUGUGAAGAAGCUGCCAAAGAUUAUGCUGAUGCUAGAUCUGCUAGGUAAUCAUAUUCAUAUUAUUUUUUAAAUAGAGAUUCUGAUAGAUAAGUUGUUUCUGAUACUAUUGGUUUAGUCAAUAAAGCUUUAAGAACUCUUAGAGAAUAACUUGCCUUAAGAUAAGCUGCAGGUGAUAAGAUUUGAU